AUGGCUCGGCACACUCGAGUCGCUUCCCUAUAUUUAACUGCAUCGCCCGAGAGGCGAGAUGGCCUCUCUUCCGACGUCCCAAUGUCCACGUCCGCACCGCCAGCGCGACCAGUUGCCACCAUGGCUGCUAUGCGAUCUGUGACGAUCGCGGGAGAUGUCGUACCGGACAGACUCGGCACCCCAGAGGAUGAUACCCAGCUCCUGUCAAGCUCUUUACCAAGGUCAAUGUAUGGCAUGGCGGAGUUACCAGAAGAUGACGGGAUGAAAGCAUUGCGGCGACGAAUAUUGGAAGUGCAGUCGCAACAACUAGUACCCGAGGAGAAAGCUCGUCUCAUCCAUGGACUUCUUAUGGAGGGGUACAACAAGUCACAAGCCGGCAGCAACGCCCAUCUCCCACCGCGGAGUGAGACGCCGUCAAGCCCCACAGUCUUCGAGAAGGUGACCCCGACGCGGCCCUUGGAAUCGCUGAGGUUCUGGCACAGCGCCCUUGGCGAGGGCAGUGCUGCCCAGAGGUUUACGCUCACCGAAGAGGAUCUCCGGCCUACUUAUGUGCCACUCACUGGCAAGUCUGUCGACUACCUCGGCAAUUCUCUGGACCUGGAGGAAGGGACAAAGUUGCUCGGCUGUGAACAUUAUCGGCGGAAUGUCAAGCUGCAAUGCUUUACUUGUUCACGUUGGUACACCUGCCGCCUGUGCCACAACGAAGCCGAGGAUCAUGUGCUGCCGAGGAGGGAGACGAGGAAUAUGCUCUGCAUGCUCUGCGGGCACGCCCAAAAGGCUUCAGACGUGUGCGUAAAGUGCGGAGAGUCUGCGGCGUGCUAUUACUGCGGCAUUUGCAAACUGUGGAAUGACGACCCCGGCAAGAGCAUUUACCAUUGCAAUGAUUGUGGGAUCUGCAGAGUUGGUGAAGGACUGGGCAAGGACUUCUUCCACUGCAAGAAAUGUGGCUCGUGCAUCGCUAUCGCCCUGGAGACAUCGCAUCGUUGUAGGGAGGGCCUCAUGGACUGUGACUGCCCAAUAUGCGGCGAAUAUCUCUUUACCUCGCACAAGAUGGUUCUCUCGAUGAAGUGUGGACAUAUGAUCCACAGCGACUGUCACAAGCAGUACAUCCAGACGGCUUACAAAUGCCCGAUCUGUAGCAAGAGCGUUCAAAAUAUGGAAAGCCAGUUUCGUAGGCUGGACAAGCACUUGGAAGAGCAGCCGAUGCCCCCUGAGUGGCAACAGACACGAGCCGUCAUUCUUUGCAACGACUGCGAGGCAAAGACCACGACCAAAUACCACUGGGGUGGCCUGAAAUGCGAAGUCUGCCUGUCCUACAACACGGUCCAGAUGCAGCUCGUCAAUGCUCCUAAAGGAGCUGCGGAGGCCGCAGAAGGAGAUAAUACCUCGAGCGGAGAUGCUUCACUCCAAGCGACGAACGCUGCCAAUGACACUCGAGCGAGGGUGGUUCGUGAUGGGCCGUCGUUGCCUCAUCAGCAUGUGUCGCAUCGACCCGGUGGCUCCCUUGGGUCUCAUGUAGACUUUCAAGGCCUGCCGUCGGAUAUCUCACCAGAACGGUUCGCACGGUCAUUGUCACCCACUGCCACCAACGGGUUCCCCGAGCACAUGCUCACUACUGAUGAGUCGGACGGGGAAGGCUCCAUUUUAGACUUCUGGGGCCGGGACGAGCAUCGUAGUAUGACAUCGGCCGAAAAUGUCGAUCACGGGGAUUCGGACGAGGAGACCGACUCUGAUGAGUGCGAGGAUGAUCUCGAGGAAGAAGAAGAUGACGACGACGAUGAAGAGGAGGAGAUCAUGCUCUUUGGUCACCGAUGA